AAGUUGGUUUGCCAUCCGCCGCAAAACAAGAAGAAGAAGAAGAAGAAGAAGAAGAAUGAAAACAGAGGAAGUACUCUCGGACUCAUGGAGGCCCGGACUCCUCAGAUCCUGGACCAGGCUCACUCUGAGUUUCAGAAGCAGAACUAUAAAGAGGCUGAGGAGUUAUACUCCGAGUUUAUUUCUUCAUGUUCACAGUCCAGGUACCGUCUGUCCUUCUCUAAAGUCCUCCGUCCUCUCGAACUGUCAGUCAACAUGUCAGCUGGUGUUCUGCUGCUUUCUGUGACCGUGUAAUUCUGUCCCCCUGCUCCGCUAACAUUAAACUGGUGUUUUUGUUGAUUUCUCUCCCUUUAAUGAAGUUUUAAUAAAGAUAUAAUGACAGUUUAAUGACAGUGUGGUUCAUCCUCAGAGGAUCUGACCCCAAACUCCUGUCCACGGCCUUUAAUAACCGGGGUCAGAUCAAGUACCUGAGAGUGGACUUCCGGGAGGCUGUGGAGGACUACACCUGUGCCAUCCAGACCGACAGCAGCUUCGAGACCCCCUACUACAACAGAGGACUGAUCCACUAUAGACUAGGUAAACCAGGACCCCAAACUAGGACUGAUCCACUAUAGACUAGGUAAACCAGGACCCCAAACUAGGACUGAUCCACUAUAGACUAGGUAAACCAGGACCCCAAACUAGGACUGAUCCACUAUAGACUAGGUAAACCAGGACCCCACAGAGUCUUACUGGGAAAGAUGGGACCAUAGACUGUAUAUAUAUAUAUAUAGUACUGGUCCUCCUGACCCCACCAGCAGACUUUAACUCUGGAGGGUCUCUGGUUUAGAGAGCAGUGGUUCUCAACUGGUGGGUCCCGACCCUAAAGUGGGCCGUGGUCUGGAUGGUCUUAAAAAAGUAAAUUUUUUAAGAGCGUCUGAUAUUUGACAGGUCUUUUAUUUUGAAAAUAUCUGAUUUUGAUAUUUAUUUGAUAUUUUCUGUGUUUGUAACUUCAGUCGUCUUUUAUUUUGAAAAUAUCUGAUUUUGAUAUUUAUUGAUAUUUUCUGUGUUUGUAACUUCAGUCGUCGUCGUCCUCAGGUCAUCUGCUCUGAAAAACACUUUACUCGGUGAAUUUCUGUUGAAGAUUUGAGUCUUUCAGGUUUUUUUAAUAAAAAUUAAAUUAGUUUGGUUUGAAUUUUAUAAAGGUGGGCUGUGAGUGAAGGAUCAUGGGAAAACUGAGGGUCCCAGAGUGAGACCAGCUGAGAACCUCUGAUUUAUCCCCUCAAACCGUCCUCUAAAUCAGAGACUUCAGUCCAGUCGGUCUGUUAAUGCUGUAUGUGAGUCCUCAGUAACACCAGGUGGCGCUGUGAUCCCACUUUUACGCGGGCAGACCUGCGACUCUGAAUGAAGCACUUAGACUCAUAAAAACCUCUUUAUGAUUUCACUGCAGGGUUUUUCGAAGACGCCAAGAGGGACUUCCAGGACGCCUUAAAACUCAAUCCAGAUUUCCAGGACGCCAAAGUGAGUCUGAAGCAGACUCUCCUGGACCAGCAGCACAAGGUCCAAAGGGGAUACUGAGACCUCAUGGACCACAGAGACCAUGUUUAUGACCCUGAGACCUCAUGGACCACAGAGACCAUGUUUAUGACCCUGAAAUGUGAAACAGCAGAAGUUUGACCACGUUGGCUGAAAUGAUGAGACUUAGUGUAAAGUUUAACCAUCCAAAGAAAAAUAAUAAUAACAAUAAUAAUAAUAAUAAUAAUAAUAAUAAUAAUAAUAAUAAUAAUAAUAAUAAUAAUAAUAAUAAUAUUAUUAAUAAUAAAUGUUAUUUAUGAGGCUCUUUCACAGGAGCUCAAAGACCCUUUAUAAAGACGCAGCAUGAAGAGACAAUAAAAGAAGAGAUUCACGGGUU